AUGUCUGCCGUGGAGAAGGUGAUGCUCUUCCAGUGUUGCGUCAUCACCGUGCUGCAGCCGCUUCUUGAUGGCAUCGCCAGCGGGUUCCGUCUCAGGGACCCUUUCGGUGAUUGGCAAACCGUGCAGCCCCUGCUGUACGCCUGGGUGUGCGACUACCCCGAGAGCGGCAAGAUCAGUUGCACACUCUCGCAUGGAUCGCGGAUGCCGUGCAGCAUCUGCUAUGCUGCAAAGAACCCACAUAGUUACCACCCUUACCUUUCGUCACCAUCCCUCACCCCCGUGCUACAACAAGAGCAUCUGAGUGCUGUCAAGGCACGGAACACGCCGCGCACGCCUGAACAGCAGCAAUGGAUCGUUAACGAGGCGGCUGGGACGACAACUAGCCAGGACAACCCGUGCAAGGCCUACUCUACCUACCCUGUUGAGUGCGUGCUCUGGAAGUGGGAUGUCUCAGGGGCCGCGUGGGGCAAUCCUUACCUCGUGGUGAUGCCUGACAUCAUGCACCAGGCGGACCUGGGCAUCAUGAGCCACAUUGUGGCUGUCGUGCGCAAGAUGAAGAAGCGGCGUGUGAAGCAGAUGGACAGGUCAGUGUUUUGGGGAUUGGAUUCGCGCCUGUCCCUCAUUCGCGACCGCACGCGCCUGAAUCACAUGCGCCUGCCGGAGAGCGCCUACUUCGAGACCGGAGCAUGUGUGGCGGCCUAUGAGCACAAGGCCAUCAUGCAAGUAUGA